GCUUAGCUCAGAAAAGGCGAGGUUGGACACUUGUGAGGGGAGAAUGAGCAGCCUGCCGGUGUUAUCGUUCCGCAUGGACUCGCUGCUAGUGCAGUGUGUGAUAUCAGCCGCCAUCUAUUACGUUCCCCAGGACGCGGCCGCCCUCAUCGGCGCCUACUGGGUCGGCUCCACUUUCGGCAGAAAGAAGGUCGGCACAGGUGAGAUGGAGUUCGAAUCUCAGACAGGGAGGCAGCAAGGCAACAAAGAGUGUGUGUCGUGCGUGUGUGUGUGUGUGCAGCGAAGAGUGUGUCUGACGGCGAUGUGGCGCUGAAGGCGUUCAUGGAGUCGCGGCAGCUGGAGGCGGACAAGGUCAGAGUCGGCAAGUUCGGCAACACAUGGUCCGUCCAGAUGUGA